AUGUGUUUCCUCGUACGAGUCCAACUCGUCGCGUUGGUGGUUUCGAUCGCGUCGAUGCCAAAAAUUGCUGGCCAACAAUGCUUCGACGACGGCAAUGAAUUUUGCAUCGACGAGAACGACAUACUGUCGGUGGAUCUUCUGCCUGGAUCGUUCCUGUUCGCGGAUCAACAAACAGCCAAAAGCAAAUCGACGGACACCGACGAUAAAGCGGCCGACGGGUCUAUCGACAACGCGUUGAAUGAUAUGGACUAUCACAGGAAAAGGAUGAACGAGUAUUUGUGCCACGGUUACAUGGCGGAGGAAAUUUUUAAAUUAAUAAACACGCCCAGAGUUAAGAGGCGUCUCGGUACGCCGGAAAAGAAUGAAUUUAAAGAUUCGAUGGACGACGACAACGUUACUAUUCACGACAAAAUGUUGGCGGACGAGGGAAGUUUGAAGUAUAAAAAGUGGUUGCAGCGGAGAACCACGUUAGACGACGUGUAUCGCCACUAUAUUCCCCACAAGAAGAUGGAUAAAAUGCAAGGGCAUCGAGAUGGAAUGAUCGAGGAAUUCGAUGGGGAAGUUACGGGUUAUGCGAUGCAGGCUCCGUUACCGUCCGGAAAAGUUGGUUUCUACGAAGGACCAAACGAAGAAGACGAUCACAUGUUGUCUUCCUCUUCGGGGCACAAUUUUUAUUACGGCCAAAACUAUGGUCACGGGGGUGACCACCAUUUCUUACAUCACACCGAAUCGUUCCCCGCCAUACACGAGGAACACUAUUACACGGCACCGUAUUAUCACGACCACGAAGAGGAAUAUCACAAACCUUACUAUCAUAAAUCGAAAGGAAAUGAACUCUCGAUAAGAGACUUCUUCGAAAUUGCUCUCACGGCCUUAGCGUUUCUAGCCUUUGGAUUAUUCAUUAUACAUUUAUUAAUGAACGCCACGAAUAGUAUGAAUACAACCUCUCCCACAUUGGUAACCACCAGUAGACGCUUCAAGAGGAACAUUGAUGGUUUGCCCUUUUCGUACGACAGCAACGAGGAAUUGAACGAGCUCUCUUACAACGUUUUAAGGUCCAUUGAAGCUGCUCUUGUCGCUGACAUGGACUCUGGGAAUUGUCUUCGUAGAAUCCUCUGCGAGAACAAUCGACGAUCUACGGAGACCAAGGACGCGCGUAAAAUUUGGGUACCAGUUUGGAGUCUAGGAAUGAGCUGGAUCUCUGGCAGAGUAUUAAAAGGAUCCUCAUGGUCGGCAAUGAUGGAUUCUGUGAAAGCAUCCGUUCUGGGUUUAGGCGGAGUCGACUGUGUAUCUCUGUAUCCUAACUGUGAUCUCAAGAAACAGAGGAUCAAGAGGGCUCGAAGACGCAGAAAAUAA